UAAAAUAGUUGAGAUGUUGGGACCUAAAUGCGAUGCAUGAAGAACAAAUUUUAUCGACCGCAAGUUUUCAGUAGUGCCCCUCACUCUACUUCGAUGAUGCCCUGGCACCUUUGUGCAUGACAUUUCUUCGGGCGGCGUCCAAGAGCAAAAGCAGCAAGUUCAAGUUGUGCGAGAGUGUAUGCAUCGACGAACAUGUAAGUAGUUGACUCGCAGUAGAUGGAUGUAAACAGCACGCGCAGAAGAUUAAUCGCACUUUAGUCGCGCAAAACAGUCACUGCAGUUGCAGAAAAAGACUUUUGAAAGUAGCUGUUUGAUGUAUCGAAGCUCUUGGGGAGGAGCAUGGAAUGUACGAGAAUGAAUGAAAAUAGUCUGCCUGCACCUGCUCGCGCACUGUUAGUUUGUGGCGAAAGAUGAAAGCUUACAAAUUGCGCGGAGUCUUCAAUUAUGUUGACUCAUUGCAACUAUGCGUUGCGAUGCUGGCGCUCCCCCCUGUAGACCCGUUCGCAGUACAGCACUGAUAGAACAACGAAAAGGCGCUCAAGUGUGCCGAUCCAUCAUGCGAACGCACGCCAGAUCUACUGUACAAAAAGACAUAAGAAAGUAGAGUGAGGGGCCAACUUCCAUUUCGAACAUGUCUACGGAUCCUCGUCCCGCGGGACGGGGGAAUGACUGAAACUGCUUGAUUUUUGUUUUGUCCACACCGAUUUGUUUCGAACAACGGACCCGUAUUUUGAACCCGGACCCCGGUACGGUACGUACCGCCGGACCCUGGUGUCCGAGCAGGGACUUCGCCGGCCGACGUGUGACGGGAUCACUUUUGUGCUGGAUCCAACUGUGAACGACACCAACUGCCAACGUGCAGCUCCGGGUUGUACGAGCGUAAGCUGCAGGCACAAUGACUGCUGCAGGGGUUAUCUCUUCGUGGAUGCCGGUAAAAAACCUGGCCUGCGUCUGUCGGAGGUUUAUCCUCGGUUUUACCCUAGCGACGUCCGGUGGGUUGACAUUCGGGGGCUGGACGGGCGUGCCGCUGGUGGCCGCGAUCCGGCACGAUGAGGGUGCUGGUACGUCAGAAUCGAACCCGAAGCAGAAAAUCGUGGCUGAUAAAGCACCUGGGAAAGACGAGGAGGAGCACAAGGUGGACAAGGUCACGGACACCUCGGAGGCCGAGAAAAAGGACAAAUCCACUAAAGAGGUGUAUGGCUAGCUUGGACGUGACGCGUCAAACUUCUUGGACAACAUAGUGAGGGCCAUCCUGCUCGUGUUGUAUUGCAUGAGAGGCAACCUCCGCAACCACGCUGCUCAGCCAGAGUUUCGAUUGGAAAAAAAACACACACGAGCAAGUGCUCGUCGAGAGCAUCCUGAUGCAGCGAGUCUUCUACGUUUUGCAAUCACUACGUUGGAAAUUCAUUUACCUCCACCUGAUACUGCAUUGGCGGAACGUUGCCCUAAGGAGUUGCGUCUGUGCCUGCGUUCAAUGUAUCAAGAAUACGGGUUUCUAGUGACGCUUAUUGUGCACAAUGCCAUGCAGCGGUUAUGGAAGCCACAACUUGUCAUGUACCUACACCAGUAAAUAAAAUGUAGCUGAUAGAUCACGCACGCAAAUUUGCAAUCAAAAGCUUCCUGUCGUUGUCCCCACGGUCGAAUCUAAUACGUCUAAGUACGCCAUACAACAGUGUCUUUGUCCUCGUCAGGGCAGGCAAGUUCAUCCAGUUCCGACGAGAAUGCGCCCGCCGAGUCGAAAAAAAGCUCCUCGUCGAAAGACGAUAAAGCGGACCUGGCUGCGGGUGCGGGGAAAAAAAACGAGAAGUCUGAUGUGAAAAAGACUGCUACGUCGUCGUCCACUGAUGACCACGCGGAUUCGACUACGAAGACGGAGACGGAAGACACCACUGCGCCGAGCACAACUUCUGCAUCGUCGGAGGAAAAAACUGACGCCGUUGACGCCAAGGACGGGAAGAAGCAUGGUGGCGAUACCGCUAGCGAGAAACGCGAGGGUGAUGACGCGGAUGAAACCAAACCUAUCCAAUCGAGAAAAGAAGGUUGUCAAUCUAAUGAUAGAAAAACCUGCUGGACAGAGCACGGCCACGAAAAAUGUGUUGGGCAUGAGAGAGGACAUGCUAGAUCAUGGUGCUAGGGUGUUUCCUACGUCGAAGAUCAAGCUAUCUUGGGCCGUGUAGUAAACGAUCCCGUGCGUACCAACGAACACGCACAUACUUAAGUAGAUAUCGGCAAGCACUUCGAAGUUGUAAUUUGCAUUGCAGGUGAGCGCGCUACGUUUGUUUGCGAAAGACGGUCCCUACAGAGGACACUGAUGAAGAUGGUUUUUUCUCGCAUACUGCAAGUUGCUUCUAGCGAGGAAAAGAAGUCAUCCACUUCGGCUGAAGGUGAUGACGACGGGACGAUGAAGAACGAGCACCACUCGACUGCAGCUGGUUCUGAUGAGAUGUCCUACGGACGUGGGAACUUUUCCGACCCCUUUUUCGGCCAUAGAGACGUCGUUGCUGCGUAGCAACGAGUUGGUAUUUGAAGUAGUCAUGAUGAAGGUCAGGCUUGUAGUAGCGACGAAGAUCGUGCUGGUGCUAGAGCUCCGCAUUCUGUGUACCAUGUGGUUUCAGCUAAACAAAGGAAUUAUUGUCAUGCUAUGUUUGUUAAUUAUAAUUGAUGCUACAGAAGUAAAGUACAAAGAAAGCGCAGUGCGUUGGAAGCCUGUUUGUGUUUACGACGUUUUGCAGUGUGUUAGCUCAUGAAGUACUGAUCCGCGGGAUGGCACGGGGAAAUUUAGUUUUCAUAUGCCUUCUACUUCAUCUUCGCACCACACUCCUGGCGCCGCUGCGGAGGAGCUUCCGGAGUCAAGCAGCCAUGACGCCACCGGAUCUGCAGUCGACAAAGACGAUUCCUAUGACGCAAAUGGAGGCCUGGCUUCAGACGCCGCUGGAACAAGUGCCUCGAGCAGUUCCACGAAAACUUCCACGGAGGCGGAAACCGGUGGUCAAGCGGCUUCCGACACCGACGGAAAAACGCCGGAAAACUCGAAAAAAAAUGGUAUGAAAUCAAGCGAAGACAGCGCACCUUCCCAAGAUGCCGCGUUGGACGGCGGGAAGAAGGCGGGACAGGCGAGUCGAGCCGAAAGUAAAAACGCGUUAGCGUCGGAAGACGGGGGUGACGAGCAGGUGAAGCAGAAGGUCGGCGGGGCGGCUGGUGGCAGCAACGGGGCGGAGCAAGACUCUAGCGGAAGCAGCUCCACGGACAAAGGCGAGCGAGGCCACGCGGACGGGGAAGGUAGUGCCGACGCAGGGAGUGAAUUGGAAAUGAGGGCGCGCUUUCGCUGGGCAACUAGCUCCCUGACCGGCUCCGGCACGAAAAAGGCAGAGCAAUCUCCUGAAACGCAUAAUAAUAAGCCGGGGCAAAAUUGUACACAGAUUUCUGCACAAAAAUUGCACAUACUUUGCCUAGUGAGUAGGUGCCUGGCCCCUCCCGGAUACAUAGCAGUAGCCUCGAUAGCAACGUGGGUUCAAGAGCGCGCGUGCUAGUUUUGUUAGCUACCACAUUGCCCGAGAGGGGGCGUGCACCGGCUCAUCCGGUGGCUGUGAUUCGGAGACCCCUCAUCCACCUUCCGAGACACCCUCCGUGCCACUUUCCCAGCCACCUUCCCGGCCACCUCCCCAGCCACCUUGCCAACCACCCGGACAAGUUUUUUGCUCGCGCAAUAAACCUGCGCACAAUUUGCUGCCACAAUUGGUGCCACAAUUCAUUGCGGCACAAAAUAUUCUCUGUGUCUGAUAUUUCGAUGCCACAAUUGUGGCGCCACUUGUGGCAGCAAAUUGUGUGCAGGUUUUUUUUUUUCAGUGACCGGUCUCCUGGUCAGAGAGGUGAGCUGAAAAGUCAAUGGUGGCAGCAAUUGCGGCAGCAAUUCUAUUUCUGGUCUCCAAGAGGGGCAGCAAUAGUGGCAGGUCAUUGCCGAAAACUGCCAGGCGAAAACCUGCCCUGUGGCAUGCAUGGAGAUCGGAGGAAGAUCCGGUCGGCUUUCGGAUGGCGUUUCUGCACCGGAAAACGCGAAUUAUGUGCAAUUUUGUGGCAAUUUUGCGGCAGGUCUGUUCGCCCGCAUACAACCACAGCACGCAUUACAACGCGUGGCUUCAUCUGUCGGGGCUGGUAUAUCAGGAAACCGGGCGGCCCUAGAUCCUUCAGGGAGAUGACCAAGCGGGAGACCCCGGGCCCUACGUCCUUCGCGGAGGAGUCCUCUUCCCGAAGGGCGGGCUUCCGCUGCUUGGGGACUGCCCGGGGAGCUUUGCUCCCUGAGGGACCUAGGGCCUCGCGCUACCCAUGUAUAUUACCAUCAGCGGGCGUCAUGGUAACGGUGUGAAUCACUUCCCCAUCUCUUUGAUCCACUUCCCCACGCAUCACCGCCGGAGCUGCGUCACUACCUCACUUCGCCUGCGUCACGUCCCCCACCUGCCUUGCAUCACCUCACUGCACCCGGAGUGGUGAUGCAUGGAGCUGCGGGCCGGUUGGUUCGUUUUUAGAGUCUACAGCGUAGGCUUCGGAGAUUAGGUCGUCGAGGCCAGCAGGCGCGAGGGCGCCGCCCGCUGCGCCGGCUGGCCUUGGCGGUUCCCUUUCCCUUGCGCUGCCUUUGUUCACUGUCGCCCCCUGUGUGUCAUGUCUCCUUCUCUUGUUCCGUUAUUCCUUCACCCUUGCCCCGCAGUGCGGCCCCGCCGUGUUCCCAAUGUCUCUCCUCGCGCUUCCUUGCAAUACUGCCCGCCCCGUCUGUCAGUGUCGUUCCGUGUCCGCCCUCCUGUAUUUGCCGGACGGUGGCGGCCAUAUACUUAGAGAUACAUCCGCAGCUGCCGUGGGCAACGCACACCAGGGCAUUAGAGCAGGCGCUUGGGAAGUCGAGGCUGGAUUCGCCACUUCCCCGUCACUGGGGCAGCACUUUCUCACCGGUGGGGAAGGACUUUCCCAGCGUAUGGCAGUGGGGGCGUUGGGAAGUGUGGUAUGGGGAAGUGGUUCGCACCAUAUCCGGGUACAAUGGUGCCGAACGCACAUGACACAUUCGAUGCGGUAAAGUCGACGGUGUCGAAAGCAGAGCAGCGCGCUCACAAUGCAGCACAACGUGCAGCCAAGUAUUUUUUGUGUUGAUGUUGUUGUAAGUGUUUAGGAAUGUUAAUACUUUUUUCCUACUUUUUGACACGCUGCGCGCUUAUUCCCUAUAUGAAAUUCAAGUUUAGAAUUAUGCAUGUGGGGUUUCAACAUUUCUUUCUCUCGUUGCCUGAUGUUGAAUGAGCACGCCUGUCUUGAAAGAGAAGAAAGCACCCCGUUGGAAACGACACAUAAUGACCGACAGCAGAUCAUGGCCGCGAGGAGGCGAGGUUUGUGUGAGUGCUAGAUCUCGGCAUGAAUCAGGAAUAGAUAGUUGCCGACUGCAAUCGAGAGAUUGAUAGCUUUGGCAACCAAAGACAACGCUCGCAAGCAAUGCUUUUUGGUCACAGCGGUUGCAGCAGCUGUCUCUUACGUAUUCUUGAGCAAAAGAGAACUUGUUUCGAAAACUGAAGUAGGUGAUGCUUCUCUGCUGCGCCGUGCCUUCUCCAGGAAGACGCGGAUCAGUGUGUGGUGGUGCUGGGACGGCGCCACCGAGGACACAAGACAGGAGCCACUAGAGCUCUUAGGGAUGGCUUGAUGCGAGGAUGCAAUUUUCAGGCAACUCCCUUCAUGCUUCGUUUUUUUUUCUGCUGCGCUGUCGCCGCCGUGUUUCGGGAGGCUUCUUGGACGGGUUCGCGCGAAGCCAGUUCAAAGCAUGGGUCGAGGGCCGCGUGGGUCCGAGUUCCGUGGCUUUCUUGGCCGGCGUGCAAGGCCUUCUAUAUCGCUUCGCUGCCAAGGUGAGGUCGUGGUUUUUUGGAUUUUCACAUUGGUUGAAAUUGGGUUUUCAGAUUUACACACUGCGUCCGCGGCCUGCAAACUUUUCGUGCAGUCCGCUUGGGGCUGCUUCAACUGCUGCGCGAGGGACGUUAUGUGUGCCGGGAUGUCGAUCCUCCAGGGAGAAGAUCCUUGGGGGGCCUCGGACGCCACGAUGUGUUUCGAGGCGUUCUUGCAGCGCGCGGACCACCCGCCCCGAAGGAGGGAGUCUAGUUUCUCAGAGGACGCUGCGGAGUUUUAAUCCCGGAGGGCCUGCGCAGAGCCGAAACGAAGCAGCUGAGAUCGGUGUGGCGGCCUGAGGAAGGCGGAUUUGCUCCAUUCUUCGGGAUGAUACGGUUGUCAUUCCGCCCUAUACUCUGGCUCUCCUGUAGUGCGAAGCAGUGCGCCCCAAUCCAUUGCGCUUCAGGAUUGCGCGGUCGCAUGUAGUGUGGUCGCGAACUACGCCCGUCCUAGCCUAGUAGCUUUCUUGGCAUGAGCCGACUAUGGGUAGCAAUUUCUACAGCCUUUCGAGUGUUUCUACUGAAGAGAAAAGCAUUGUUGGUGUAGGGCUCACCAUUUUUUUUUUUUGUAAAAACGAACAAAGUUUGUUUCCACCGUGCUGCGGCUCGCGACUUGUCCUUGUGUGCCUGUUAUGAUUUUGCAUUGUGAUUUUUAACAUGAUGUCAAAGUAGCUAUGGCUGCUUCGGUCACUUAGAACCAGGUAAGGAUGCAGGACUAUUCGGCGGCGCUGACACGGGAGGAGAGCAAGUAGCGAACCAUGGGCGGCCAGCCGUCUGGUCUCACCUGGGGCCAGAAGCGUGCAUAGCGGUUGGCGCCGCGGCGGGCCUUCAGGUUGUGGCGCUGUAUGCAGUGCCCUGCGUCCUGCCCUAGCUACGGGCUGUGGCAGCUGCGGGGGCCCGCCUUUUUCUUGCGGGGCGCCUCCGAUAGCAGCCCGCGCGCGCCCCGUUCUUCAGCAGUGGUGACACGACUGUAGAGAGGCCCCGCGGGCCCAUUGGGGCGAGGCGUGCACGGCGGCUCCUUCUCUUCAUGCAAAAUUGGUCGCCCGGACCGUUUUUGUUUUUCAGCGACAGCUCAAGCUCGCGCUCGCCUGACAAUUAGUUUUUGUCUAAGAAGCUUGCGCUACAUUGUUUUUCAACGACAGGACGAGAGUAGCUUUUCAAGCUCGCCUAAAAAAUAGUUUUUUGUCUAUAGAAGCUUGCACUACAUUGCUUUUCUUGUGCUGGGGCCGGGCGGCUAGUGCCCCGGCGCCCUUCAUUCUCUAUGUGCGGACCUGUGGCCCGCCUCUUUUCUGCCUUUGGCUGGGGGGAUGGACAAUCGUGAACCGCAGGCGCGGCGGCUCAUUUCUCUUUCCUCGGGACCGAGGGUCUCGGUCUCCCUUUUCCCAGUUUUUCUCUUCUCUGUUUUCCUGUUCUUGGCUUUUCUUUUCCCGGUUUCCCUUUUCUCGGUUUCUCUUCGCUCAGCUUCUCUGUUCUCGGUUUCUCUUUUCCCGGCUUUCCUUUUCCCGGUUUCCCUUUUCUCGGUUUCCCUUUUUUCAGUUUCUCUUGUCCCGGUUCCGCUUCUCUCGGUUUCUCUUUUCUCGGUGUUCCUUUUUUCGGUUUUGUUGUUUCCCCUUUCCGGGUUACCCUUUUUCCGCUGCCUUUUUUCCCGUUUCUCUUUUCUUUUUUUUUCCGGGCUUUUUUCUUUUUCCUGGUUUCUCCUCUUACCGGCUUUUCUUUUUUCCAGUUCCCCUUUCCCCCGCUUCUCUUUUCUCGGUUUCUCUCCAGCCCUCCCCCUGGCCCUUUUAGGCCUGCAGGACGCCGGCCGUUGUGGCGCCGCCUCCUUCCCUUUUCCGGCACGGAUGUGCGCGGCCCCGCUUUCUCGGAUUCAGUUCUUUUGCGUUGCGCCUCGUUGGUCGCUAAACUGUGGGGACUUAGCCUGCCGAGUUGUAACCGACAUGCGCAGCUGCGCGCUUUUGCCGCUGAAAUCGAGAGCAAAAGGCAGGCGAGGCGAGGGCACUCGGACAUUGGUUUGAGGGCGCGCGCGCCCGCAUCAACAAAAAAAAAGUACUGCGCGAGAAAAGUAGAAGCGGCGCACAGGCGGCCAAGUCUCGGGGGCAGAAGAAAGGAAAACUCGAAACGAGACAGAGGCGCAGGGAGUUCAACGGCGUAGGCAUCGCUUCUGUUGCCCGGGAAGUUCAGCGGCGUCUUGGCUUUGGGGCUGCGACUUUCUCGUGGCUUGUGUUGUCUGUUUCUCCGCAGCCUCUCUAGGGUCUUGCGCCCCCGACCGAUUUCGAGAGCCCACGCUGUUGAGUUGCUAAGCGAAGGCUAGGCGGAGGCUGACCAGGAGUAAGCCGCUGACCUGAUCUGGACACCGCUAACACAAGCGGCGCUCCGCCACGAGCCGUUUCUCUGAGCGCCAGCCCUUAGGCAGACGCGCCUUCGUGGCAGGCUCGACAGUGCCCGGCCAGUUACUUGGCCCCCUGGAAAUAGAAUCCAGGGCAGGCGCUGGCAUUUAAUUUUUGGCCACGUGGGUGCCGGGCUUUCACUUUCUCAUUGUCUCUGGUUGAAAAAAGAGCGCCCCCCGUUAGAACGAGACUAAAGGAUCCCAUUGAACACGACGCAUAGCUGUAACCAGCAGCAAUAGCACAUGAUGGCUAUGAGAAGGCGAAGGGUGAUCGCGAUGGCGGGGGCGGCGCUUUCACGAUGCCCCCUUUCGCUUGUGCUGGAAAGCCUCCACAUGCUGGGGGGGCUGGCUUGUUUUCCUGCGUGCCCCCCGCUCCCAUUUUUUGGUGUGCCUGUCCGCUGGCAUGCUUUGGCCUUCGUUCGGCGCACGCAUUCAGGCGCGACCCGCUUGACUCCCCCUGGCCGGCCGUUCGUCUUGGGGCGCUUCUUUUUCUUUCUCCGCCCGCUGAUCUGCGUUUAGCGCUCGCGCUCCACUUCCCGCCCGGGUAUGUCGGUCCCAGCCCGACAGCCCGCGCGCAGCUCCUACUGCGUGUUCACUUCCCCCCCAGGCAGAUUUUUUGCCUCGCUCUAUACAGCGAUUUCGCGGCACCGCGGGACCGUUUCCGCCCGAAUUGUUUUCAGUCUUUGUCGCUUUGCGGUUGCGAAGGGUUAGGCGCACGAAAUGCACAGGGCCACCCAGGAGGCGGUGAGUGGAGGCGUUGGCCAGCCGCCUGGCAGAGAGGCAGGAGGCGCAGGUAUAGAAGAAGGUGCAGAGGGCCCAGAAAAAGGAGAAGGUGAAGACAUCACGACCCCCGAAGAAGCGCGCCCACCGGCGGAGAGGCUCGGGCAGGCGAUCAGCCUCACCGCGUGGACCUCUCUCAUCCAUGCUGUGUCCCCCGAUUCCAAAUCUACCGUGGCGGACGGGAUACGGCUGCGCAAGGCAUGGGAAACAAAAAUUAAUACCGAGUUGGCACCAGCACUCCACAAGUUGUUCUUUCCCGUUCCUCCCAAGGAAAGUGCCAUCAAUGUGUGCAGCACAUGGAGCAAAUCGCUCUUAAGACUGCCCGGCCGCGGCGACAUUAACGACGUGUCCGACUUUUUUGAGACACAAAAGGAUGACGUUUGGAAGCUCGAAGAGUUUGCCAGCCACAGCACCGGCGUCUUCGUUACAAAUGUUCUGCUCGCCGGCAAAGAGGGCGCGACCGCCAGGGAAAACUGGGGCGAGAUUGGAGAUGUGCGAGCAGAUCCAGAGCCCGACUUUUCCGUCCACGUCAGCAAACAAGCGAACACGCUAACGAUCUCUCCCGUUAUCAGGUUGCGGCGCUUCCGUAUUCUCACAAGCAACAAACUAUCAAGUGCAAAUUGAGUAGUAGGUUUGGAUCUGGGACGGAAAGUGUACAAGUUUGUGACGCAGGUUUUGCAUCGCACAGAACGAAGGUCUUGAAUGCAUAGCCUCGCAUCACAGGUUCUGUGAGAGAUUACUCUGCAACAUGCUACCCUCUACUCUACUCUACUAUUCUGCAUGGGCAACCCUCUAUCAGCGUGGCCAACAAGGGACAGCAUUUGCUACUCAUGCAUGGCAGUUCUUUGUGUGGAUGACAGACUGCGUCACAAGUCUCCAUACUUCCAGAUCCAGACGUAUUUGCAAUGCAUACUCACCCAGCAACCCAGACGAGCAGGCCGACUUAACAGAUGACAUGGCGGAGGAAGUAUCGGAAGCUGGCUCGUCGAAGACUGGCGAAGAAAAAUACACUGUAGCGAGGGAUCUUACCACCGAAAAAAAGGUGGAACAAAUAGAGGCGCACAAUGAAGCUGAAACUAGUGAACCGGAGGAAGUGGAAUUGGAUUUGGUGGGGGCGUACGAGGUGGCUGUCGUGUUUGAACCAAUAUCAUGCGACGGCGCGACACCGCCACAGACGCAGCCACCAGGGAAACAGGCUGCCUCGGGAAGCUCGGCGGCCACUGCUGUGACGGGCGGCCACGAGCCGGCGCUGGCGCUGCGUUGUGUUGCAGCCUUGCUCGGCAAAGGACCGCGCGGACCCGUGGCACAAGAACGAACCUUGGCGGCGGCCGAGCUGUUGGUGGCGAAGGGGUGCGCGGAAGAGGAAAACAUGGGGAAGGACGCGACAACCCUGCCCCUCGUGUACGCCGCGCUCCACCGUCAAGCCGCAGCGAGGCGCCCGCAGGACUAUUUCAGCCGGCUCGGAGGAGAUGUUCUUGCAGCAAUCGAAAACAAUAUCGCCUGCGCCACGCAGUUUACGAGCAGCGAGCGGGUCGUCGAUAUGGGCGCCCGGCCCUUCGUCGUUCUCGUUGACGGCCUUGCGGCCAUUGGCCUGCCGGGCCGCUCGAGUCAAAGCAUGAGCAAGCAAGGCUUGCUGUCGGUGCGCCUCGUUCCAGAACAGAGAAAUGUCGUUCCCACGCCUGCGGCCUAUGACGAAGGUCAGCGGGCGUUUAUCGCAGGGUACCUCGCGUUCGACCUGAGGGACAGCAGGGGGCAGUCAGUGGAAUUUGUAGGAAAGAGCGACGCGCCGCACUGGUGGUAUCUUUCUGCGGGGGCGGGGCAAGUAAACGCGGACGUUUCUACUGGCUGCAAUCUGCGCAACGCGUUGACCGCGCGCAGCUUCGCUGCAAGGUUCAAGGUCCCAGACGUCGCGCAAAGUGUACGAGAAGCAUCGCGCCUGCUAACGCAGCCGUUUCUUUUCGUGCAUGUCUUUACGCGGAGUGGCGGAUUAAGGAUGGACGUGGUUGCUGAGAAUUUUAACGGUUUGAAGUCCCGGAUGAUCAGCGGAAGCGAGGCUGGUGGCACACCAGAUGGUGAAGUGAAAUUAGCUGCCGGCGAUGUGACGGCCUCGUUUCUGUUAUACCCAGAAGGCGGUCCUCCAGACGCAGGCAAAAGCAGGGUCAGGCGAUAUAAGGUCGAGAGCUUGCAACGGGCAGUGCCGGGAACCGACGGCGCCGACGAGGCGAAGCAGCGAGCGGCGCAAAAGCCCGCAGGGCUGUUCAUCAAAACUUUCCCGAAAAUGGGGGGCAAGGCGUUUUCUUAUUCGGAACAAAAGGGGGCGGACGAUGUUGUCGAAGAGGCAAUCAGGGUUGAAUGGAGCCAGGGCAGCCAACACCAAGAGGACAAAUCAGCAAUAGCCAACGCGGCAGACGAAAUGCGGAGGCUAUUGAGGUAUGAAUCGCCGCAAUCGGUACCGGACAAUGCGCACGGGGGAGGCAAUGCCAAUGCAUUCGUUCAGUUACUAGCUGAGCCUCCACGCAGCUCGUCCCGCCCCGCAAUUGCGAAGACAGCCCGCUUGCCACGGACGCCAGGCCGUGACGCACACCAGCCGCCUGAGAUUUCGCCGGGCCAGAGUCCUGCUCUUCGUGGAACCGAUGUCAAAGAUGCACGCUUGACAAGCCACGGGCGGGCACCUCACCUCUUCGACGCAGACGGGAAGCGCAUAAACCCCGCGAUCCGGUGGUACAUCUGGCCUGUCGUGCUGCUGAUCUCGUUCUUUCUGUACAGCUACUGCCUCCCAGUACUCCAGUCUUUCUUCGUGCGAAAGUGGGAAGAGCGCCAGCGAGCGCGAGACCUGGCGGAGGGGCGCGUCUACCCGUUCGGCGCGCUGGCAGCGGACGCCGGAAUGACGGAAGACGGGAACCUACCGAAGCAUGACAAGUCUCUAUGGCAGUAGAAAAAUUAAUGUCGUUGUCUAUUGUAGAUGUAGUGACACCAACAACCUGCUGCUCGUUUUCGCAGUUCUGCUAGUUUCGCCUUCUGCAUUACUUCAUGGACCAAAAACGUCACUCAUCCUCAUGGUUUUUGGAAUCAAGAACAGCAGAGCUCUCCAGGAGUUUUUCUUUGUGACAAAGUUCCGCACUAUGGUGCGCUCUGUGGUGAGGGUGAUGAGAUCCACUGCAAAUGCAAAUGGUGUAUAAUCAAGUAGUGGAGCUGGAGUGUAAGUCUAACACUAGCUACGCGCAGGACCUGACGACACUACUUAUUAUCCUCCCAUACGCAAAAAAUGACAUCCACGAAGGCAAUGAAGCUGGGGACAGCACCUAUCCGCACACGGGGGACGACGCGAGUGUCUCUUCUGAUAUGCAAAGAAAAAAGUGUUACAGACCAAGCAACAGAGACAAGCGCUGUCAUGCACAAAAUGCUUACGAGCAUUAUUUCAUACGUGUUUUCCCUCUGCAUUGCAACUUUUCUCUGUCAUGCAAGGCAAGUUUGUUGUAAUGCUUCAUUCACUACAAAUGUGUAACUGAAGCACUUUUUUCUUGCGAUAUCCGACCAGGAGGCUUUGCUGGAGGAGUAAUUAUCCUUUGCGACGAUUUACUUUCGGUUCGUGUGUUAUGACUACCUGAGUUUUUCACUAGCGCGAAUUCCUCUACUGUCCGUGGGACGUGGUUUGUAACAAUCCACCUCGUCUGGAACAACCUUCUUGCCAG